CCUGUUCGUUCUCUUCCCUUUUGUCUAUACAGUCCUUCCCUCUCUUUUUCUUUCUUAUUUCUUCCAUGUCUUGAUAUGGCGUCAUUGGCAGAAUGGCUUCGGGUAAAGGGGCACGGGAAAGGAGCGUCUUUUCUCUUUUCUUCUUUUCUUCCUCGGUUUUUCCUUUCUUAUCCUUCUCUUUCCUGUUGACGAUAGCACGAGGAAUGGGGGAACAAGGCGUUCUAGGUCUCAUUACGGCUAUGGAACGACUGGUAGGAGGCUCGGCAGCGAUUGAGGAAAUUCUCACAAGGCCUAGGCGUUCGGAAAUCGCUGUUGCUGUGUCCUUGUACCACCAUGGCUUCGGGAGGCCAGUGUUCAGAGCUCUCUGCCGGUUGUGGCAGUGUCGUCUGUUGGCCAAAAUGGUAUUCUGGCGCUGCGCUGCCAUGGAUGAAAUGACUCGGCAGGCUCCAUCACUGAGUUUGGUUGUUUAUAGAAAAGUCAGACCGCGGUGUCUGUCUAAUGAAUAGACAAAACUCGCUUUUUCGCACUUCAUGGGCAUUGCAAUAUCCUUUAGGG